AUGGGAACUUCAGAGGGCAGUGCCGCUGUGUCAACGGCAUACUGCUCAGGAUACUGCGACGACGUCGACCUCAUCCGGGAUCGUGAAUAUCCCUUGCUAAAAGACACAACCUAUCUCGACCAUGCGGGCACUACGCUCUACGCAAAGUCGCUGAUUGACUCGUUCAGUCGUGACCUGACCGGGAAUCUAUACGGGAAUCCCCAUUCCAUGUCUGCCUCGUCGCAGCUCUCGGCACAGCGUAUAGAGGACAUUCGUCUACGCGCACUUCGUUUCUUCAAUGCGGAUCCGAACGAGUUUGAUCUUGUUUUCGUGGCGAACGCAACCGCCGGCAUUAAGCUAGUUGCGGAUGCCUUUCGGGACUCCCCACGCGGUUUCUGGUAUGGGUACCACGUCGAUGCCCAUACCAGUCUGGUUGGAGCCCGGGAGCUUGCGGAGGCAGGGUCUAGGUGUUUUGUGCGCGAUGAGGAUGUGGAAACGUGGAUAUCUGAGCUGGGCUCAGACAAUUCAGAGUCUCUUGGACUGUUUGCUUAUCCUGCGCAGUCAAAUAUGAAUGGACGUCGAUUUCCAAUGCGAUGGUGCGAGCAGAUACGCAGUCGAUAUCCAGAUACAGAAAGUCGUGUCUAUACCCUUCUUGAUGCGGCUUCUCUCGUCUCGACGUCCCCGCUCGAUUUGAGCGAUGCUGCAUCGGCGCCGGAUUUCACGGUUCUUAGCUUCUACAAGAUAUUCGGUUUUCCGGAUCUUGGAGCGCUGAUUGUCCGGAAGGAUGCGGGUGGUGUGUUUGAGAAUCGGAAGUUUUUUGGCGGCGGUACAGUAGAUAUGGUCCUGGCCGGUGGGAGUUCGUGGCAUGCGAAAAAGCAGUCUUCGAUUCAUGAACGGUUGGAGGAUGGGACACUUCCGUUUCACAAUAUAAUCGCCCUGGAAUCGGCAUUCGAGACCCACCAUCGCCUAUAUGGUUCUAUGCAUAAUGUCGCUUCACAUACGCAAUUUCUUGUGAAGCAGCUGCGUCACCGAAUGGCUGCCCUCAGGCAUUAUAAUGGGGCACAAGCUUGCCAUGUUUAUACAGCGCCCAACCCGGCUGAGCAAACCCACUCUGCUCAAGGCCCAAUUGUUGCCUUCAAUAUAAGGAACAGCCGUGGCAUGUGGGUUGGUAAAUCGGAGGUGGAAAGACUAGCAAGCAUCAAGAAUAUCCAGAUUAGGUCUGGGACGCUUUGCAACCCGGGGGGUACAGCUGUGAGUCUAGGAUGGACCGGGGCUGAUAUGCGUCGCCAUUUCUCUGCUGGGAUGCGGUGCGGAGACGACAACGAUAUUAUGGAUGAAUGGCCAACUGGGAUAUUGCGAGCUAGUCUGGGCGCUAUGAGCAGCCAAAGAGAUAUCGACAAAUUAAUGGCUUUCUUAGCAGAGUUCUACGUCGACAAACCCCCCGAGGGCUUAUUGGUACCAUCUAUGGGAAGUGUAUCCUUGCAACAACCCAGCUUUUACAUCGAGAGUCUUUCCGUCUACCCGAUAAAAAGUUGCGGUGCCUUCCGAAUACCAGACGGGCAGCGGUGGGAAGUGCGUCGAGAAGGACUAGCCUGGGACCGAGAAUGGUGUCUUGUCCACCAAGGUACAGGUGCAACCCUCAAUCAGAAAAGGUACCCUCGUAUGGCACUCAUUAGACCAACACUCGACCGUGAACGUGGGAUUCUCCGCAUAACUUGCGGGGAUACAUCCUCCCCUGGGGGGAGAGCGCUCGAGAUCCCACUGAGUCGUAUGAGUACCAACUGCAUCACUUCCUCACUGUGCCAGAACUCUUCCAAGCCCUCCACCGUCUGCGGCGACAAAGUGACCCUCCAAGCAUAUACCUCACGGACGGUAUCGAAUUUCUUCACAAAUUUCCUCGAAGUGCCCUGUACAUUAGCCAGAUUCCCUCCCCAGUCCUCCACCAGAUCCUGUACUGCAAAAACCAGAACUCAGAACCACGGCCUCCAAAAGCCAACCAUGCCAGGCUCAUUCCCUCAGGGACCUCCUUCCUUGCCCACACCCACACGCCAAAACCUUGGUCCCAUACUUCUCUCCAACGAAAGCCCUCUUCUUCUCAUCUCGCGCUCAUCCGUGAACCGCCUCAACGAAUCCAUAAAAUCCAACACCCCGAGCAACUAUCCAAGCGGCAAAAAGGCCGUCGCCGCGGACGUCUUCCGCGCCAACGUCGUCGUGGCAGAGAACCUCCCAACAGCUGAAAACCCUUAUAUUGAGGAUACCUGGACAUCCCUGGAUAUUGGCCUUGAACAGCUACGGUUUAAUGUUCUAGGCUCCUGUGAACGAUGCCAGAUGGUUUGUGUUGACCAAUAUUCCGGUCAGCGCGGCGAAGAGCCUUAUGUUACGUUGGCAAAGACGCGGAAGUUUAACAGGAAAAUACUCUUUGGGAGACAUAUUUCGCCUGCUGGUGAAGGUGAGACUUUGGGAACCGUCAUGGUUGGGGAUGUUGUUACGCCGUCUUAUGAUGAUGAUUCAUGA